GGAAUCCUCCAUGUCUGGUUUCCCAUUAUAAAUCUUUCUUCUUCGAUCAGCAAACCGCCAAACCAAACUGCACACAAGAAUUUACAUUUUACAGAAAAGAGUGGAGAGAGUGAGUGUGAACCGAAAUUGUAGAGAGAGAAAGGCGGAACGCGAAUCCAUGGCGGAGUUGCAGAGUGGAUUUCGUCUGUUGCUGCAGCAAUUCAAGGCGCUAUUCGCGAAGAACGUGCUGCUGUCUUGGAGGAGCAAGCGCGCUACAUUCAUUCAGCUCUUCUCCUCCCUCGUCUUCAUCUUCCUCAUCUUCUGCAUCCAGAAGGCCGUCGAGUCGCGCUUCUUCACCUCCACGUCCUUCAAGAACGUCUUCGAUCCCCAGCCGCUGGUGGCGCCGCCGAUCCCGCAGUGCGAGGACAAGAGCUUAGUCAAGCUCCCCUGCUUUGACUUCGUGUGGAGCGGAAAUGAGAGCCGGAGGUUUAACCAAAUCGUCACCGGAAUCAUGGCUAAUAAUCCUGGCCGCCCUAUUCCUUCUAAUAAGGUUCAAUCAUUUAGAACUCGGGAUGAAGUGGAUGUUUGGCUUCUCAACAAUGCUAUGCAUUGCCCUGGAGCUUUGCAUUUUAUUGAAAGAAAUGCCAGCGUUAUUAGUUAUGGUCUACAGACAAAUUCUACUCCAGUGUCCAAACGAGGAAUUUUUGAAGAUCCCACCUUUAAGUUUCAAAUUCCACUCCAACUUGCUGCUGAGCGUGAAAUUGCAAGAUCUCUGAUUGGAGAUCCAAACUUCAGUUGGCUUGUCAGCUUCAAGGAAUUUGCACAUCCUGCGGUUCAACUUUUCUCAGCUGUUGGUGCAGCAGGACCAACAUUUUUCCUGGCAAUUGCCAUGUUUUCUUUUGUCUUCCAAAUUAGUGCUUUAGUUACAGAGAAGGAACUCAAACUUCGACAGGCUAUGACCAUGAUGGGUCUUUAUGAUACUGCCUAUUGGUUAUCAUGGUUCACAUGGGAGGGAAUUAUGACACUUCUGUCAACACUUAUAACAUUGUUAUUUGGGAUGAUGUUUCAGUUCGAUUUUUUCUUGAAUAACAGUUUUGCAGUUUUAUUCAUGCUGUUUUUCCUUUUUCAGUUCAAUAUGAUUGGUCUUGCUUUCUUGCUAUCUGCUUUUAUUAACAAGUCAUCUUCAUCAACAACUGUGGGUUUCUCGAUUUUCAUCAUUGGUUCCUUGACUCAGGUUGUCACAGCAUUUGGUUUUCCAUACAGUAAAACGUUCCCUGAUGUCUACCGGAUUAUUUGGUCCUUUUUCCCACCAAAUCUUCUUGCUGAAGGUCUUCAGCUGGUUGCUGCUGCAACUGCAACUCCUGAAGAUCCUGGUGUUAGCUGGAAAGCAAGAGCAAAGUGUGCCCCAAACGAUGAUGACUGUCUAAUUACCAUGAACGAAAUUUAUAUAUGGCUCGUAGCAACAUUCUUUCUCUGGUUUGUUCUUGCUAUCUACUUUGAUAACAUAAUUCCAAAUUCCUCUGGUGUGAGGAAAUCAAUGUUCUACUUCUUGUAUCCUGGUUACUGGACAGGAAAAGGCGGGGAUAAGGUAACAGAGGGUGGUAUCUGUAGUUGUACCAGUGCAAUACCUUCCUUUGAAAGUAGUGUUCCGGAUGAUGAGGAUGUUCUUGAAGAAGAAAACAUUGUGAAACAGCAAGCUAGUCAAGGUGAAAUUGAUCCUAGCGUUGCAGUUCAAAUACGGGGUCUUGUGAAGAUAUAUCCUGGAUCAAGGAAGAUGAGCUGUUGUAGUUGCAAACGGAACCCGCCUUAUCAUGCUCUUAAGGGCUUAUGGGUGAACUUUGCCAAGGAUCAGCUAUUUUGUCUUCUAGGGCCCAAUGGGGCUGGCAAAACUACUGCUAUAAAUUGUCUGACUGGAAUUACACCAGUUACUGAUGGCGAUGCAUUAAUAUAUGGAUGCUCAAUUCGUAGUUCAACUGGCAUGUCAAAUAUUCGACGGAUGAUAGGAGUUUGUCCUCAGUUUGAUAUUCUCUGGGAUGAAUUGUCCGGACAAGAACACCUCCAACUCUUUGCCAGCAUCAAAGGUCUACUCCCUGCUUCCAUAAAAAAGGUUGUGCGGGAUGCAUUAGCUGAGGUAAAACUGACUGCUGCUGCCCGAAUGAGAGCUAGCAGCUACAGUGGAGGAAUGAAGCGUCGCCUCAGUGUUGCAAUAGCCCUUAUUGGUGAACCAAAAUUGGUCAUCUUAGAUGAACCGACAACUGGCAUGGAUCCAAUAACAAGAAGACAUGUCUGGGAUAUAAUUGAGGAUGCAAAGAAAGGACGAGCCAUCAUCUUAACCACUCAUUCGAUGGAAGAAGCUGACAUUUUAAGUGACCGCAUAGGUAUCAUGGCCAAGGGGAGGCUUCGUUGCAUUGGGACUUCAAUAAGGUUGAAGUCAAAGUUUGGAACUGGUUUUAUUGCUAAUAUCAGUUUUUCUGGAGGGACAAAUGGGACCCCUACAGAAGAUACUGUCACUACAGUUCAGCAUGAAGCAGUAAAAGAGUUCUUUAGAAGUCAUUUGGAUGUGGUUCCUAAAGAGGAAAACAAGUCGUUCCUGACCUUCGUCAUUCCACAUGACAGGGAGAGUCUUUUAAUGGACUUCUUUACUGAACUUAAAGAUCGAGAAGGAGAAUUUGGAAUAUCUGACAUCCAACUAGGGCUCACAACACUAGAAGAGGUUUUCCUCAACAUUUCUCAACAGGCUGAAAUGGAAAAUGCCGCUGCUGAGGGAAGUUUUGCAACACUUACAUUGAACUCAGGGUCAUCAGUAAAGAUACCGGUCGGAGCAAGAUAUAUUGGGAUUCCUGGGACAGAAUCCGCAGAAAAUCCCAGGGGUGUUAUGGUAGAAGUUCACUGGGAACAAGAUGAUUCCGGUAGACUAUGCAUCUCCGGUCACUCAGAAGAGAUGCCAAUACCUCCCCACGUUCAACUUACAGCUACUCCAACUCCCACUUCUGGUUGGGGCCUAAGACGACGAAGAAGAAAAAUUCUUGGAAUAGUAAUUGAUCCUGCACAAAUCAACGUCGAGAAUGUACAGUGAUGCAAUGACUAUAUAUAUACCACAAUCCAUCAAUCAUUCUUAUGCCCACUGCUAAAAUUUUUGGUAAUGCUGCUACUCUCUUCUCAUUGUAUAGCCAGGACACUUAUAUAUUUUUUGUGGGUUUCUUUUGUUAGAAAUAAAUAAAAUAUAUUUGUUUACAGUCA